UGAAGGCGGGUUUGAGAUUGUUGGUAACGAGCGGCUGGGUAGUGCGCAGCCUGGCAACAACCUUGUUACCCAUCCGCGCGCUGAACCGGAGAAUGCAUGGAAUCGCCAAAUGCCCAACCCAUCGCUGUUCGCCAUCGGGAAUCGCCAGAACCCUCGGUUCCCACACACGUGCCGUCUUGCUUCGCUACACAGAUGCGACACACGAAAUAUUGGGAGUUGGCCGCCGCACUUUCGGAACGCAGCGCAAUAGCAUUCGGGCAAGAAUGCUGGACCCUUCCCCUGAUACCCGCGCACCGUACACCGGCAUACUAUGCUUCUAGGGAGGAACGUCGGUCUCAUCCAAAGUCCCGUCUACGCGUGACGGCCCCUCGCUACUCUCGGAGACCGGCGUUCGAGGGGAGCUUGAAACACAGUGUGGUCUGCGGCACCGGCGUUCGACGCGGGUUUCUAACCCAAACGGUCGGAAUCCCUGACCGGCACCCAACAACGGAUUGCCGUGGGAACCCAAGGCCAUGUAUGUGGGCAACCGGCUGUCGCUGUCCUCAUAUCGCGAAGCGUGGUGAUGAACGGUGGGACAUGGUCAGACAGCAACCAACCGCAUUAACAAUGCCUUUGAAACCUGGCCCGGUUCACGCAGUAUCCGGACAGGGCUCGCGUUGCUACGCCAGGUGGGUUGGAAUUGGGCUGCACUCGUAAAGCAUAUCUUGCCGUAUAUAGUGGUCUCUGCUUGGUGAUCAAGUGUUUGCAAGUUUCUGGCCCAUUCGGUCUUGGGCUUGUGGCUGGUUGGAUCAUGGGCGGGAUAGUCUGAGAGGCCGACUUGGAUGGAUGGGUUGGGU